AUGGUCUGUGGAUGGCUGUAUUAUGGUGUUGAACGCGCUACACUCGCGUUGUACACCUAUAAGCCCUCAUCGGCGUCUAUGGGCAUCAGCCAGCCCUCCCCUCUACCUUCCACAUCGUCCGCUGCGCCUCCUUCGGCCGUACAGUUCAACCACGCCUCUCUACCGUUUCGGGUCCGGCCGGGCGAGUAUCUCGAAAUACGGCGGAUCAGGCGGGCGCCCGCCGAGAAGGUGAAAGGCGAAGAGAGUACUCCCAAGACGGGCGGAGAGGCGCUGAAGGGUGUGCCGAGAUACCUCGGCCGGGAUGGAUACGUGUUUCGGGCAGGCGAGGAUGCGCCGAACGUACCUGUCAAUCAGGUCCAGGUGCCAGACUCAGUCGCCACUGCAUUCAGGCUACAGCACCGGUCUGAUGUGGAGAUCAUCCGGCUCUCGGACUCAAGCUUAGCCCAUAUCGACCACUUUGAGCUGCGCUUCUCGCAAUACCUCGGUCGGGCAGAUAUGUGGCGUCUCGGCAUGUCGCUCGAGGGACACACGAUCCACGUCGGCGAGAAGAUCAACCUCGCGGGCGGAGCGAUUCGAGCCGAAGUCCAUGCGAUCUGGCGAGGCGGGGACCGAUACUCCAGCGGGAUCGUCACGAGCAAGUCGAAGACCAUCUACCGGAGUCGAAGUGCGCAGGUCUACAUCUUCAUUCAGCUCUGCCAGGAGACGUAUCAGUUUGACGAGGACGGGGAGCGAUACCUCGAGAAGGUUGUUCAUAAUCUGUUUGCUAGAUGGGGUAAAGGCGCCGCUUCGCAUCUCGUCACUAUCAUCCUCUUUGGUCGGAUCAUCUACCACCCAACUUCGGUGGCGUACAUGGAAGAACAUGGUCUGACGGUGGGACUGAGAAAAGACUCGAACGAUAAAUGGGUCAAGGACUUUUAUCGCGUCGUGUUUGAUUUCGAGCGGCGGACGGACUGGGUGCAGGCUUUACCGGAGAUCAAGCAGAGACUGGAGAAGAGUGAGCGGGAGGUAUUGAUGGAUUUCCACUUGGGGUUGAUGGAGGGGCAAAAAGGCAAGGAUACGGUGCCGAAGCGGAUACUGGGGAAAUGGAGCUUUGCAUAUGAUGGUUGCGUCCUCGAAGCAGUCAAUCUCGCUCUCAACCCCUUUGACGAACACCAUAUCGACCGUGACCUCUCGCGGACCGGUCUGAACCUCACCGUCAUCUCCCCGGGUACCGGUCAUUUCGCGGUCGACAAGAAUCUGCUCCGACUCACAACGGAACGAAUGGUCGACCAUGGCAUCAGCCUGGACUUGGUGUGUCUUACCAAGAUGCCCCUGCAUAGCGUCCCGCUCUUCAGCUAUGUCAGCAAAAGGCCGGUGGCAAAGGAGGGCAAGGUCAAGGCGGGGACGGCGACUCCGGAUUUGCUCUACUUUGACGCGCAUCUGUCGAGCGCGACGGAUGUAGAGCUGGCAGACUGUUACUCUAUACCUAAAUGGGUCAAUGCGUCCUUCUACUCGCGAACGGCCGACAAGCCAUUCCGGGAUGACCGCUUCAUCCCCCGCUGCAAAAUGUACGAAAUCCAGAUGCUCGGUAUCCUCGAUCACAACCUCACGACCGUCACUAUCCCCCUCCUCGACGUCGAGGAUACCACGCGGCAGAUGAAGGCGAUGACGGCGGACGAGCGCAAGCGGCUCCGGGAAGACUUUGACUCGGCGACUUUUGGGGGCGCGAAGCGGGAGGAUCCACCAGCGGCUAGGCUGUCCCCGCCCACAAUCGUGGAGGGGAGCAGGCCGUCCAGCUUUGUGGCGAGCUACCAGUCGGCUCGGCUCGUCGCGCUCAUGCAGCAAGAUACGGCGGAUAGGGAGGCGGCAUCGAAGUCGAUCAGGGAGGAUCUGCCGGUCAAGCCGGUGGCGCACUCGCCGACGACAUUGACGAUCGGUUGGUCCCCUGCCAAAUUGCCCAAACAGCUCGAGGAAGAACCGCUCGAUCUCCACCGAACGGAAAUACGGGGUACCUCGCCCGCUCCGUCAUCAUUGUCGAUGCUUACCAAGCAAUCGACCUUGAGAUCCGCCUCGCCUUCGCACUCCACUACCGAAGCCCAGCCGGAGCUAGGCCAAGCGGACCACGGAUCGGGUCAGUCCACGCCCAGAGUGACGCCGGGGAAACGGCUACGGAAUCAGCCUAGUCGGGGGUCUUUUGCGUCCCGCUUCGGCCCCAAUUGGCUCUUUGGCGCGUUCGGCGGACGGUCACAGCCGUCCUUUCCUGCCGCGGCGGCGGAGACGGUCGGUCGGCAGGACGUGUCCAUCACGACCAACGAGGGCGGGAGCCAUCCACCUUCACCUGUCGUUCCUGCCAAGACGGCACCUCGGCCCCGACCCAUGGCUGUGCCCGGCGCGGUGGAGGUCCAGCCUCCCACCCCCUCUCCCCAUCGCGAGAAGUACACCACCUCUACCGCACACACUACCCCCUCCAAAGCCACCCAACCUGUUCCUAUCGCCUCACGCCGUCCUCUUCCCGGAACAGAAGAGGAACUCUCCAAAUCCCUCCGCAAUUCCGUCAAAUUCCAGCAGUCCUCCCGGUCGCCCGCGGACUCGUGGGGCCGAUCCGCCGACCUCGGUCGCGCAAGUCGACACGUCACCGUCAACCCGUGCAACCCUCGCGAGAACUUUGACCCGGCCAUCCUGGAGGGGAGGCGAUGGCAGCAUAUCCGCCCAAUCAACAUGUCCGACUCGGCCAAUUCACACUUGAUGAAAUGGACGAGUCUGUGUGCGCCGGCGUGUCUGCCGUUGACUACGGACUAUCUACCCACCUCGAGGGAGAUUUCAGAAUUCUACGAGGUCAACUCGUACGACAUCGCCUGCUUUUCGGAUCAGGUGUCGUUCUUGAUUAGGCCGGACGUGGCGUCGGGGAACCUGGCUCUGGCGGUCAUGAGGGAGAUGGCGUCUCAGCGAUUGACCCAAAACUUCCAAUACAUUGUCCUCCCGCACGAUACCGAACAACGGACGGCCGAACUCGCGCGCGUCGCACAUCGCAAGAUCCUCGCAUCGGGUGAAUCUAUGGCGGACGACCUGCGCAUCGGGGGCGCGUCCGAAGCGCUCCGUGAUGCCGAUAGCGUCAUCUACUUGUUGCUGAGCCACCACAUCCACCGGCUUAGUUGCGAUACGCACAAACAGAGCGUGACGGUGCAGAAGUUUGUGCGAAGGUUAAAGUACGCGACGGAGGCGGUCAAAUAUCAGGCGCUGGUGUGGCCCGCGCAGAUGAGGGGGUUUGGGCUGGUAGAUGCCGAGUUCAAGUAUCCUAAUAUCGAAAGCAAGCUUGGUUUCAAUUAUUUGGACCGCUUGAUCAACGGAGAUGAGGCCGAUUUGAACGAUAAAGUCAAGUACUGGCGGACGCGGUAUAUCCUCAUUCCGUCCGGCAAGGAUCCGCUUCACAAUAUCGCCUCGGUCAUGCCCAAAGGCGACACCUUUGAAUGGUACGAAGUCCUCAUGGAGGGAGCGUACCGUGUCGUCGACGUCUUCAACAAGCACUGCCUCAAGCGCCAAAAUUCCACUCAUACCGCCGCUUUCCACCUCGGCGGAUCGACCCUCCGCGGAAGCAAAGACGACAAGCCGCUCAAGCUCAUUCCGACGACGUGGGACCCGUCCGCGUGUGUCUUGGACGAAGGGCUGAUGGCGGAGCGGGAGAGGGUGUUUCGGAAUGAAGAGGUGUUUGAGCGGGGGAAGCGGAUCGAGGGGAUGACACUGGCGGGUGUAGGGGAGAUGAUGACCAAGUUGAAGAAUGGCCUGGUCAUUAGGGAUAGGUGGUGGCAUUUCUCGGUUCAUGAGGAUUCGUUUACCGGCGAGCAGUUUUGCGAGUGGUUACUCAAGACGUUUGAGGAUGUCAAGACGAUCGAUCAGGCUGCCGAUUGGGCAAGAUCUCUUUUUGAUAAGGGUCUCAUCGAACACGUGACUGGCGCACAUGCCUUUUACAAUUAUGGUCACUUCUACUACCGCCUCCGACCUGGGUACGACAAGAAUGCCAAAAACCGGCGGACGCUACAGUGGUUCAACGAAUCCUCGUCCGCCAAUCCGGCGCCGCAAGACCCUCGGGACGUGAUUGACCGUCAUGCGAAGCUGUCCACCUCCCCUUACUCGAGCUCGCACGCCGACCAGGCGCCCAUCGCGCAGCUCGCAGCUGGGAACCGCAAGAAGCGCAAGAUCCGGAUGAGCCAGAGCGUCGUCAUUGACCUGGAUCCCAAUAAGCGCUCGGACCGCGCCGAAGUGGCCAUACUGCAUGCGGAUAUCAUUCAUAAUGCCCGGAAUGCAUUGCACUUUGAGCUGAAUUGGCUGGGCGUCACUGCUGGGCUUUUGGACGAGCUGCGGUCGAAAUGCGCCGCUCAGGCCGAGAGGUUCGGAUUGCGGUUCAUCGAGGCGCCCGUCGAGCAAAUCAAGGACAUUUCUUCCCGGUGCGCAUACCGUGCCCCCAUCCCUAUCCUCCUCGCACUCGAACCUCCCUUCAUCCCCGACCUCGCGGCCCGUCUGCGCCAGACCUCGCCCGACCAAUCCACCGGCAACUUUACCAACUGGUUCGAGUACCGCAUCCUGACUGAGAAAUUCGGGUUCGUGCUCGACGUGGAAGGCAGGGAUCGAUACCCCGAUACCGUCGAGGUGGAGUAUCUGUACCGGACCGACUCGUCCUCGGCGGGUCUGGGCGGGUUCGACUACUCGCAAUUCUGCCACAAGUCGGGAUUGGCGCUCGUGCAGUGUAUAGGCGGCAAAGAGGGGUUUUUAUGGGCGGACAAUAGACCGUUUAUAUCCAGUCAUGGGAGAGGGACAGGGCGAGGCGGCGGGAGUGGUGGUGGGAGUGGAGAGAAUUACCCCAUGGCGCCUGUGCCGAGGUUGGGGAGGGCGGAGGAGGCGAAAUUGCUCAAAGAGGAGAUGGAGCGGUUUUGUGCGGAUGAAGAGGGGCUGAGGAGAUUCUAUGAGGAAGUGACGCCAAAGGAGUUGGUCAAGGAGGAUGAGGUGGAAGAGAAGGGGGGGUUGGAUAUUCCGGGGAGGGAGAAGGAGGGGUAG